UUGAGAUCCAGUUUACGAAAUACAGUACGGAGUAGGUACAGCCCAUAAAAAUUCAGAAACAAGCAAGCUCGACCCUCAAUCAGUUCCCUCACCAACGAAGAAGAGAAAAAGGAACAAGGAAACAAGGACCGCACAUGGCGUCUACCGACCACCUCGAAGCGCUCACCAAGGUGGUGCUCAACAACCUGAGGUACCAGCACGACUGGGCUCAGGUCCAGGCGCACACGCAGCCCAACCUCCCGCGGCCGCUCCUCUACGGACUGCCGCCGAAGCGCCUGUACGUGCACCCGGACGAGCAGAUCGACAUCAUCAAGGCCGAAAAGGAGCGGGGAGAGCGCAUCCCGCAGGAGCCCGAGGUCGAGUGGGUUCUGCCCCUGCACCUGUCCGAGAAGUGGUCGCCCGCCCAGUUCGCCGCCCUGUUUGACGCCAUCGACGCCCUGCCCCCCGGUGCGGCGGACCUGGCGGUGCCAUCCGGCGAGCCCGGCAGGGAGGAGCAGUGGCGCCUUUGGAGGGGUCCCAAGCGUGGAAAGCGCAUCUUGCUCGCCACCGUCCAGGAUGACUCGACCGUCACGUACUAUUGGAUCUUCGAUGGCCUUGUGAAGCCGAGGCAGAACUGAGCUGCCUUGUUACCUCUCAGUCAGCCCCAACGGCGACCAAGAGGAUCGAUGCUAUCUACCUCAUGGCAUAUACAUCCUUUUUUGGCCGCGACCGCCUUCUUCAGUCGAAAAAGGUACUACCCAACUCUCUCACGGCUUGAAGAUGACCUUUUGCACCUUCAUCUGGUCGAACAAAUCGUAUCCUUCCGCGGCCUUCGAAAGCGGCAUGAUCUUGUCAAACAUGAAGCUGCUAUGGUCAGAGCGGGGAACUUUUUUUCCCCUCAUGUCUCAGGGGAAUCAAAGCAGCCGGCUUACCUGAAC